AUGAAGUGGUUCCGCUCGUCGCCGUCGCUGGCGGCGCUGAUAGCCCUCAGGGCAUCCCUUUCCGCAGCCUUUUACCUGCCAGGAGUCGCCCCGACAGACUACAAUGAAGGCGACCUAGUCCCUCUUAAUGUCAAUCGUCUUACACCUGCCAUCCAAGCUUCCAGCCAACAAGUCCAGUCUUUAAUAUCAUACGAUUAUUACCAUGAAUACUUCCAUUUCUGUCAACCCGAGGGUGGGCCUCAAAAGAUAUCCGAGUCGCUGGGAUCGAUACUCUUCGGUGACCGUAUUCUAACCUCGCCCUUCGAGCUGAGGAUGGGAAAGAACGAAACUUGCAAGCUUCUAUGCCAGUCGAAACAUGACAAGCGGUCGGCAAGGUUUACGAACAUGCGUAUUUGGCAGGGGUACAACCUCAACUGGCUCAUCGAUGGCUUACCCGCUGCGACCCUGACAUCGCAAAUUGGCGACGAAUCAAAUCAGUUCUACAGCCAAGGUUUCUCUCUUGGUGGCUUCGUCAAUGAUGGCAAAACCCAACCCAAGCCUAUCAUCAAUAACCACUACGAUAUCAUCGUUGAUUACCAUCGUAUCCCUGGUCGGAAGGACAGGUCUUUCCGUGUCGUCGGUGUCGUCGUACAGCCUUCUUCAAGGCACCAAAAGGUCUCUGGUGGUGACAAGAAAACUGCGGACUGUGGUAACGAAGAUCCUAUGUUGUUAAGCGAAGAGGGCAACACCGAUAUCACCUAUACAUACAGUGUUAUUUGGAUGGAAUCGCCUACCGCGUGGGCCACUAGAUGGGACAAGUACCUCCAUGUCUUCGACCCACGAAUUCAUUGGUUCUCGCUCGUCAACAGCGCCAUUAUCGUUGUCUUCCUCACUGGAAUGGUUAGCAUGGUUCUCCUCAAGACCUUGAGGAAGGAUAUUGCCCGCUACAACCAACUUGACUUGAAUGAGGAUGUACAGGAGGACUCUGGUUGGAAACUUGUUCACGGAGAUGUCUUUAGGCCUCCAAAGAACCCCAUGUUGCUCAGUAUCUUCCUCGGCAGCGGUGCUCAGAUCUUCUUCAUGACUGGUGUUACCAUCUUGUUUGCACUCCUUGGGUUCCUCUCGCCGUCCGGUCGUGGUAGCCUUGCCACCGCCAUGAUCAUCUUUUACACUCUUCUAGGUUUCGUCGGUGGCUACACCUCUGCUCGUGUCUACAAGUCAUUUGGUGGUGAAUCAUGGAGGAAGAACAUCUUGUUCACCCCAAUCUUCAUUCCUGGUGUCGUCUUUGGCACGUUCUUCUUUUUGAAUUUCUUCUUAAUUUGGAAGGGCUCUUCUGGCGCUGUCCCGCUGUGGACUAUGAUUGCACUUGUCUGCAUCUGGUUCGUCAUCAGCUUACCAUUGAGUUUCGCUGGAAGUUGGUUCGGAUUCAGGGCUCCAGCAUUUGAAGCGCCAGUCCGAACCAACCAGAUUCCUCGACAGAUUCCCGAGCAAGCUUUGUAUCUCAAGCCGCUCCCUAGCAUGCUUCUUGUCGGAAUUCUCCCAUUCGGUGCCAUCUUUGUCGAAUUGUAUUUUAUCAUGUCGUCGAUCUGGUUCCACAGAGUCUACUACAUGUUUGGUUUCUUGUUUGUGUGCUACGGUAUUAUGAUUAUCACAUGCUCUACCGUCACAAUCCUCAUGAUUUACUUCCUUCUCUGCAGUGAGAAUUACCAUUGGCACUGGAGAGCAUUCUUCAUCUCUGGAGCCAGCGCUUUCUAUGUGAUCCUCAACGCAUUUAUUUACUGGUUGAGCAAACUGAGCUUGGGUGGCCUUGCCAGCAACGUUUUGUACCUCGGCUACAGCUUGUUGAUUGGGUUCUUGUUCUUCAUCUUGACUGGUACUAUCGGCUUCUUCUCCAGCUGGGUAUUCGUCAGGAAGAUCUACGCUAGCAUCAAGAUCGAUUAA